CAUAUUAAACUAGAACCAUGGUAGAUUUAGCGCCAUAUCAUCUCAUCUUCACCUUGUUUCUCUUUGGCAUUUACUCCACAAAUCAUGCUUGCAACCAAAUAGACCGCGACUCUCUCUCGUCCUUAGUCUUCAAACAUACGUCUUCUCCUCUAUUAAAUUGGUCUUCCAUUGAUUGUUGUGAGUGGGAAGGUAUUUCUUGUGAUCAUAAACACCAAAUCACCCAUAUUGGUUUACCUUUUAAAGGCCUAAGUGGGAGUAUAUCUCCUUUGCUUGGAAACCUCUCACAGCUCUCUCACCUUAAUCUCUCCCACAAUUCACUUUUGGGUCCUUUCCCUAAGGGAUUGUUUUCGUCUUUGAAGCAACUCAAGGUCCUUGAUUUGAGCUACAACAAUCUAUUUGGAGAUAUAUCUAGCUUGCCUGCCUCCAUUCAAAUUGUUGAUAUAUCUAGUAAUCACUUUAACAAUACAAUCCAAUCUUCAUUUCUUCAAAGAGCAUGGAUGUUGACAGAGCUCAAUCUCAGCAAUAAUACUUUUGUGGGCCUUAUUCCUUCAUUUUCUUGCAUCAAUGCUUCCUUGGUAAGGCUUCUUGAUUUCUCCCAUAAUCAUUAUAGUGGGCAUAUUCCUAGGGGACUAGGAGCAUGUUCCAAACUAAAGGUUUUUCGGGCAGGUUUUAACCAUCUCUCAGGUUUGCUUCCUCAUGAUAUAUACAAUGCAACAAUGUUAAAAGAAAUUUUCUUACCUUUCAAUAAUCUUUCAGGACCCAUUAGUAGUGACAUUGUGAAUCUUGCCAAACUCACCAACCUUGAGUUAUAUGGCAAUAAAUUGAGUGGCAAGCUUCCUAUGAAUAUUGGGAAGCUCUCCAAAUUAAAUGACCUACUCCUUGAUGACAACUCCUUUACAGGUCCUUUGCCCCCAUCUUUGGUGAAUUGCACAAAUCUCAAUAUAUUGAUUUUGCGAUACAAUUUUCUUGAAGGAGACAUCUCAACCUUUAAUUUCUCUAGUCUUCAUCAACUUACCGUAAUUGACCUAGGGGUUAAUAACUUUUUUGGUAACUUACCAGUAAGCCUUUACUCAUGCAAGUCCCUAGUAGCACUUCGACUUUCCGCCAACCAACUAGAGGGACAAAUCCAACCAGAGAUACUUCAAUUGAAAUUAUUAUCCUUCCUUUCACUUACUAACAAUAGGCUAACCAAUAUCACUAAUGCAAUCAAGAUUUUGAUGCGUUGCAAGGCACUCACCAUAGUCCUCCUUGGAGGAAACUUUCUACAUGAGGCAAUGCCGGGUGAUGACACUAUAGUUGGUUUUAAUGGAUUUGAAAAUCUCCAAGUUUUGAGUUUUGAUGAGUCCCAAUUGACUGGUCAAUUGCCAAUAUGGCUAUCUAGGCUUAAGAAGCUAGAAUUUUUAACUCUAGAUUUCAAUCGUAUCACAGGUUCAAUUCCUGGUUGGUUAUCGACUCUUCCAAGGCUCUUCGCUCUAUACCUCUCUCAUAACCUCAUUUCAGUUCUUGCGAACAACAAUCUUAGUGGCAGCAUCCCUGUUGAGAUCGGCCGUUUAAAGCUGCUUGAUCAUCUGGAUCUUAGUCAUAACAAAUUCUCAGGCAGCAUCCCAAACGAAAUGUCUCAGCUCACAAACUUGGAAAUAUUGGACCUCUCUGCAAAUCAAUUUUCUGGCGAAAUACCAGCAUCACUAAGUAGUCUACAUUUCUUGAAUAACUUUAGUGUUGCAAACAACAAUUUGCAUGGACCAAUACCAUCAGGCACUCAACUCCAGAGCUUUGAUGUCUCUGCAUAUGAAGGCAACCUUGGACUUUGUGGUCCUCCACUUCUAGAUGAGUGUGCCCAUAUUGUAAGAACCAAGAAUGACACUGGGGAUGAGGAAAAUGGGCAUAGAAUCCCAUGGUUUCAAAUUACCGUGGUUUUUGGUUUCAUUACAGGUUUUUGGGGAGUUUGUGGUCCAUUACUCUUUAGCUAUAAGUGGAGAGUUGCAUAUUUCCAAUUCAUGGACCAAGUAAAAGAUAGGUUUAUAAUCUUGUUCUUUAAAAUUGCAUAUUGGUCGCUUUAAAGUUUGUAAUCAAUUGGUCACUUUACAUA